AUGUGUGGCUCCUCUGUAAUUCAUAUAAUGUUUAGUGUCAUAUUCAUAGUUAUUCUUUUUGGUGGUCUAUGCCAGGCUAGUCGGCAUGUAAGUGUGGAUAUCAUCAAUGAUAUUGUUCCAAAUGUUCAAUUGGCACUACACUGCAAAUCGAAGGACAAAGAUCUCGGAUCACAAUCUUUAGUCCCUCAUCAACACUGGGGAUUUAGAGAAGCUAUUAAUAUUUGGGAAACAACUUUGUUCUUUUGUCACUUUCAAUGGGGAAGUCAAUCUAAAUGGUUUGAUAUUCUUGUAACUAGGAGAGAUCAAUAUAUAUGUGAACAUCAUCCGUGUGUUUGGAGUAUAAGACCUAAUGGUCCAUGUAGAUUAACAGGUCAAGAACAAUGUUUUCUAUGGAAUGCUGAAUAA